GUCCGAAUAUGUGAUAUGGUGUUUAUAGUGCUCCAAAAACUGCUGUAGUGAACGUGCGAGAUGUGAAGCUCGAUGACACCGAGGUAUUAACACUAGGACACUCGUGCGUUGUCAGCUCAGUCGCACGGCACCCGCGACGCCGGCGCAGGCGUAGAUACUGGAUACUGAGACGAAGACAACCAUUGCGAAUCUUAUCGUUGUUAAGUAAAUCUGUAACAGAAUAAAAAUCGGAGUUGUAUACAUAACCAUCCCCGUUAUGGGGUUAAGAAUAUUAUCAGUGUGUAUUGUCCUGUGUGUGAGUGCUACUGCCUCUCCACGUUAUCAAGAUGAAGGAGCCUUCGAUAGAAAAGCUGUUGAAACUGUCCCACAACAUGAACCUAUUGCACCUCCGAUCAGAGCAUCUGUUGAAAGUAUACCCCUAAGGAAUCUUAAAGACGAAAGUGAAGGGCGUUUACCAUUGCGAGAUGCCGUUGAAAAAAGACCCAUUCCUGUUCUAGACCGGGAGUCCUUGUACAAAUAUGUUGAGGAUGCAAAAAACACAAAUGUCUUGAAAGAUAUAGAAAAUAUGCAAAAAUACUACGGUGCCGCAAGUCAUUUGAAUAAUAGCUCGCGUACAGAUGAGAGACUUCAUUUGGGCAAUGCAAAUCUUCAAGAAAUGCAACAGACCGUAAACGGUCCCAAUGCUCGACGAUUGGUUGUAUGUUAUUUGGAGUCAUGGGCGGCGUAUAGAGCUCCACCCUUAGCUUUUACAGCGGGUCUAGUGCCAAAAUCAUGUACGAAUCUGCACUACGCCUUUGCCGUCCUACAUCCUCAUACUUAUAAUGUUAUAUCGGCUAAUGAAGACUACGAUGUUAUAAAAGGUGGUUAUAGAAUAGCUACAGGUUUAAAGAGACGAAUCCCCGGUCUCAGGGUCCUUAUCAGCGUUGGAGGAGACGGCACAGAACGACUAUUUAGCGAAAUGGUACAAGAGCCAUACCGACGAAACUCGUUCAUUGAUAGUGCAGUAAACUUUUUGCGAGAACACGACUUCGAUGGGCUCGACCUUCAUUGGGUUUACGCAGGUGACAAAGACGACAAGGAAAAAGAAUUACUAACAACGUUGUUGUACGAACUUCGAGAGAAGUUUUCUUCUUAUGGCUUCCUCUUGUCUACGGUGUUGCCACCAUUUAGGUAUCAAAUCGAAGACGGCUACGACCUGAGCGCAGUGAGCGGAGCCACCGACUACACGAUAUUGCAGGCGUGGGACAUGACGCACGGCAAGCGGGACGACCCGCCGCCGCGCGCGCUGCAGCACAGCGCACUGCACCGCGACCCCGGCGCGGCCGCGAGGGACCAGAGAUAUGAUAAUGUGGAAUUCAUGGUGAAAUACAUCCUGCGCCACGGUAUGGCAGCAGAUAAGCUAGUACUUGGAGUCCCACUAUUCGGUCGCUCGUACACGCUGGCCGCGUCCACGCUGCCAGCGCCCGGCGCUGCGGUCAGCGGCUGGGGGGAUGAGGGCGUGUACACGCAGACUAAAGGAAUGAUGGCGUACUUUGAGAUAUGCAUGAUCGAACGAGAAGGGAAAGGAACCAGCGGUGUAGACGAUGCUGGCAACGCCUUCGCCGUUUUUGACAAUCAAUGGAUCAGCUACGACACACCCAAUACCAUUUUGGAAAAGAUGAAAUUCAUAACAAGCGCUGGUCUAGCCGGUGCAGCCGCGUGGGCUAUCGACAUGGACGACUUCCGAGGACUUUGUGGUUCACCGUUCCCGCUGUUGAGCGCUAUGUCUAUUAGUCUUAAUGGUGAAGCAACACUCACAGAUCAAUCUUCCCUUAAAAUCGGAUCGUGCGAGACCAACAUCCCAUACUUAGCGUCAGACCAGGAGUCAUGUGCGCACUUCCACUUCUGUACCGGCGGUAUCAGCUAUCGCAUGGUAUGUGAGGACGACCGCCUUUAUGAUCCUUCUACUGGAUUCUGUGGACAUCAAGACGUCGCUAAAUGUAUUCCAGGCCAAAGUCUAAGAAUAAGUGUAGAAGACGCUGCACGAUUUUUACCAGUCGCCUAUGAAAAUGAUUUCGAAUGGAACAACUCUCCGGAUAAAGCAACACCAAUUCAUAAUUCUUAUACCGCUGUAGCGGAAAGUAAAAAAGGAAAGGAGAAUACCAAAAAAGUGGUAUGUUAUAUGACCAGCUGGGCUUUCUAUAGACGAGGGGAAGGAAAGUUUGUGCCUGAACGGAUGGACACUCGACUCUGCAGUCACAUUGUGUACGCGUACGCGUCUCUAAGUCCAGAUGAUCUUAUAGCCAAAGAGUUUGAUCCGUGGGCUGACAUUACUAACAAUCUAUAUGAAAGGGUAACAUCCCUUAGUGAUGUAACAGUCCUAUUAGGAUUGGGAGGAUGGACUGAUUCAGCUGGUGACAAAUAUUCGCGACUAGUAUCAUCCCCAGUGUCUAGAGCUAAAUUCAUUGACAAGCUCAUACCUUUCCUCCGCGCGUACAAUUUCAAGGGUCUUCAUUUGGAUUGGAAUUAUCCAGUUUGCUGGCAAAGUAAUUGCAAAAAGGGUGCAUUAUCUGAUAUUGCUAACUUUGCGAAGUUUGUCAAGGAACUCUCAAAAGCUCUCCAUGGAGCUGGAAUGGAACUGGGCGUGGCUCUCUCAGGCUACAAGGAGGUUAUUGAAACCGCAUACGAUUUGCCCACAAUAUCAGCAGCCGUGGACUUCAUGAGCGCAAUGACGUACGACUAUCACGGUGGCUGGGAACGAUCCACUGCGCAUCAUACACCAUUAGUGCCUUUUAAGAAGGAUGCCCUGGCUUACUAUUCUGUUGAAUAUGCCAUUAAAGCUUUAAUAGGUGGUGGCGCCGAUCCGAAGAAACUGCUCCUUGGAUUAGCGUUCUACGGCCAAUCUUACCGCUUAGCUGAAUCUGAUGGUCCUAAAGGUCCAGGAUCACCUGCAGCUGGACCUGGAGAACCUGGAGAAUUUACUAAGCAGCCUGGAAUGCUAGCGUACUAUGAAAUAUGUUAUAGAGAAAAGAAUCUUAGAUGGAAAACUGGACGACAAGAUAAAGCUGGUCCAUACGCGUAUUCAGACAAUCAAUGGGUCGGUUAUGAUGACCCUAAAUCGAUCAAAGAAAAGGUGGAAUGGGCACUCCGGCAAGGUCUCGGCGGUGUAACGGCAUGGGCGAUCGACCUGGACGACUUCAACAACCGCUGCUGUGCGGAGCCGUUCCCGCUGCUGCGCGCGGCGGGCCGCGCCCUCGGCCGCGCCGUGCCCUCCCCCCCCGCCGCGCCGUGUGAGCGCCCGCCCGAACCGGUGACCCCCGCACCGCCCACCACUACGCCCGCUGAGUCCGAUGGUGCAGUUGGCGGUGGGGACCAUGGCAGUCACGAUCACGGACAACACACGAGCACCACUUGGCCGAGCUGGACACCGCCGUCCCCGCAAACCACACAACAAACCUGGUGGCCACCUGCAACUACCACCCCGCGUCCCACUACCACUUCCACUACCACUACCACACGCCGGCCUACAACCACUACAACUACAACUACUACACAGAAACCAGCCUCGGCAGAUACAGGUGUAGAGGGCUCCGCGUGCGUAGCGGGCGAGUACAAGUCCGCACCAGGAGACUGCGAAGCGUACCUGCAGUGCGAGGGCGGCCACUGGCGCAAACACCGCUGCGCCCCCGGCCUGCACUGGUCUUCGCGGGCCAAUAGAUGCGACUGGCCUUCAUUUGCUAAGUGUACAGCAACUUCAGUUAGUGAAGCAAGCACAGCCACAACGACCCUUGCUCCAUGGACGUCACGUCCGCCACCAAAACCAACAACAACCAGGCGUACCACUACAUCUACCACAACAACCACUACUACUACUACUACUACCACCACCACAGCAAGACCUACAACAAUAGAUGGCAUCGUCUCCCUCGAAGGCAAGCCGUGCAACGGGCAGGACUACGCAGCGGUGGCGGGUGACUGCGGCUCGUACCUGCACUGCGACGGGUCGGCGUGGCGCCGCCAGCAGUGCGCGCCCGGCCUGCACUGGAGCGCCGCGAACAAGCACUGCGACUGGCCCAAGUACGCCGGCUGUCAGGAUAAACCCACGCCUACACAAAAAACUACUACUACACCGAAACCGACGCGCCCACAAACCAGACCAACUAGACCGCCUUCGACACCGAGCGGCAACGUCGCAGUGGAGGGCGCGCCGUGCGGCGGCAACGAGAUGCACGCGGCGGCGAGCUCGUGCGACGCGUACCUGCUGUGCGUGGGCGGGGCGUGGCGCCGCCAGCUGUGCCCGCCCGGCCUGCACUGGGACAACCGCUCCAAGCGCUGCGACUGGGCCGAGUUCGCUAUGUGCGAAGUGAGCAAAGUGACUACAAAAUCACCAUACCAAAUGACAUUCAGUACAUCCACUAAGCGACCAACAACAGCAAGAUUUUCCACCACAACUAGAAGAGCUGUGACUCAGAACGAACAAUACCAGACACCGACGAACUGCCGCACGGGCACGUACCACCCGCACCCGCGCUGCGAGAAGUUCUACGUGUGCGUGAACGGCGCGCUCGUGGCGCAAAGCUGCGCGCCCGGCCUCGUGUGGCGCCGCGACCGCUCGCAGUGCGAUUUCCCCUCGCCCAACGCAUGCACCGACCGCCGCCAGGUCACUGAUGCCGCCACAGCCAAGCCUAGCGCGCCGCUCAUGGACAAACCUACUUACUGCGAAAACGGACAAUACGCAAUGGAUCCUACAGACUGCUCACGUUACAUGCAUUGCCUCUUUGGCAAAUUCGAAGAAUUCUCUUGUGCUGCCGGUUUGCACUGGAACCAGGAUAAGCAAAUCUGUGAUUGGCCACAAAAUGCUCAAUGCACGGUUCAGCAAGCGCCCACUACGAGCGCUCCAGCUCUCAAUGAACCGGAGCAAGAGCUGGUGCCACAUGACCCUGUUAUAUCAUCUCCCCCUGAAAUGGUAGAUGAGAACUUACGACCCCCGCUCUUAAACAGUCGUUACAAACUGGUGUGCUACUACACAAACUGGUCGUGGUACCGGCCCGGGCUCGGCAAGUUCUCGCCGGCGGACAUCGACCCGUCGCUGUGCACGCACAUCGUGUACGGCUUCGCGGUGCUCGGCGAUGACGGGCUGCUCACACCGCACGACCCGUGGGCUGAUACGGAGCAUCAUUUCUACGAGCGCGUAGUGGAAUUUAAGAAAUACGGUACCAAAGUAUCUCUCGCUAUCGGCGGGUGGAAAGACUCAGCGGGUGACAAAUACUCCAAGUUAGUGAACAACCGCGCCGCUAGAGCGCGUUUCGUCUCUCACGCUCUGCAGUUCAUUGAGAAGUAUGGCUUCGAUGGACUGGACCUCGACUGGGAAUAUCCUAAGUGCUGGCAGGUGGACUGUUCCAAGGGUCCCGAUUCAGACAAGGAAGCGUUUGGUGAACUCGUUCAAGAACUUUCUGCAGCGUUCAAACACAAGGGUCUCUUAUUAUCAUCUGCCGUGUCUCCCAGUAAGAUGGUGAUUGACGCGGGCUAUGACGUGCCUGUAUUGGCGAAACAUUUAGACUGGAUCGCUGUUAUGACUUACGACUAUCACGGCCAAUGGGACAAGAAAACGGGACAUGUAGCUCCAUUAUAUUAUCAUCCUGAUGAUGAUAACACUUACUUCAAUGCGAAUUACACAAUGCACUAUUGGAUCCAAAAAGGAGCACCACCGUCUAAACUGGUGAUGGGAAUGCCUCUAUAUGGACAGACAUUCACGACAAUGUCGGGUUGGAACAACCGCGGUGCGAGUGGACUGAAUGCACCAGCUUUAGGUGGAGGAGAUUCCGGAGAAUAUACUAGAGCUAGUGGAUUUUUGGCUUAUUAUGAGAUUUGUGAUCGUAUUAAAAACCGAAACUGGAUCGAAGUUAAGGAUCCUUACCAACGAAUGGGACCUUACGCUUAUAAGAACGACCAAUGGGUGUCAUUCGACGACGCGGACAUGCUUAAGAAGAAAGUUAACUUUAUCAAAUCUCUUGACCUGGGUGGCGGCAUGGUUUGGGCAUUGGACCUUGAUGAUUUUACGAAUAGAUGUAACCAAGGCAAAUAUCCUCUUAUGAACGCUAUUAAGGACACUUUCCUGAAUCCCAAUUCGGAGUCAGAAUCGGUCCAACCACAGCUUCCCGAACCACAAAACGAUAUUGAUGAAGACCUCGAAGAUAUCGAAGUGAUUCCUCGACCCACCGCUCGUCCAACAACGCCUCCGUCGACUCGUCCAACCAUGGCACCAACUACACAGCUUGCCCCUCAGACACCAAAUACACCCAUAAUGGAUGAACAAGACGAAUACAAAGUAGUCUGCUACUAUACUAAUUGGGCGUGGUACAGACCCGGCCCCGGAAAGUUCGUUCCAAGUGACAUCGAUCCAUCUCUCUGCACUCACAUCAUCUACGCGUUUGCAGUCCUUGACAGCUCACGUCUCGUUAUCAAACCUCAUGAUACCUGGCUGGAUGUCGAAAACAAGUUCUACGAGAAAGUAGUAGCCCUGAAGAAGCAAGGAGUCCGCGUGCUGCUCGGUCUGGGCGGGUGGAACGACUCCGCGGGCGACAAGUACUCGCGGCUCGUGAACAACCCUGGCGCCAGGAGGAAGUUCGUCGUGCACGCGCUGGACUUCCUCGAUACGUACCAGUUCGACGGGUUGGACCUGGACUGGGAGUACCCGAAGUGUUGGCAAGUGGAGUGUGAAAAAGGCCCCAGCUCAGAUAAACAAGGAUUUACUGAAUUAGUAAAGGAACUAAGAGCAGCAUUUUCGCGAAAACGUCUGUUAUUAUCUGCUGCGGUAUCUGCAAGCAAACGAGUUAUUGAUUAUGCUUAUGAUGUUCCAACACUUUCCAAGAACUUGGACUGGAUAUCUUUGAUGACGUACGACUACCACGGCCAGUGGGACCAGAAGACCGGCCACGUGGCGCCCAUGUACGCCAGCGACGAAGAUGAGGACAAGACAUUUAAUGUGAACUUCACAGUGAACUACUGGAUACGGAAGGGUGCGGCGCGCAACAAGCUGGUGCUGGGCGUGCCGCUGUACGGGCAGUCGUUCUCGCUGCUCGAGAACCGCGACGACGCGGGCGCGGGCGGCGGCCUCGGCUCGCCCUCCACCGCGGGCGGCGAGGCGGGCGACGAGACGAGGGCUCGCGGCUUCCUUGCCUUCUACGAGAUAUGCGAGCGCAUCCGCGUCCACGGCUGGCGGGUGGUCCGCGAGCCGGGCGGGCGCAUGGGCCCGUACGCCACGCUGCACGAUCAGUGGGUGUCGUUCGACGACGACUUCAUGGUGCGCCACAAGGCGGAGUUCGCGCGCGCCGCGGGUCUCGCCGGCGCGAUGGUCUGGGCGCUCGACCUGGAUGACUUCGCGGGCCGCUCCUGCGGCUGCGGGAAGUACCCGCUGCUGGCCAACGUCAACCACGUGUUGAGGGGGCGGGACGCGCCGCCGCCCUGCCAGCUGGAAGAGAUUGAAAGUCCACCUAGCAUCGACGGGCCGACUUCUUCGCCAAACGUUGAACCAGAACCAGAAACCUCGACUACAGGAUCUUUAGCAGAUUCUGAAAUAGAAACAGAUAUCGAGGUGGUCCCGUCGGGUUCGGUGGAGGGCAAGUCGUGCACGAGCGGGUUCCGCGCGGACGCGGACUGCAGCAAGUACUACCUGUGCGUGGGCGGCCGGUACAUGCAGCUGUCCUGCCCAGCACCAUUGCUGUGGAAUCAGAACCAUUGUGACUGGCCUGAUAAAUCUCCGUGUAAGACUAAGUCCAGCCUCAAACUGGCUUCUGAAGACAGCACCGAAAAUGUCAUAGUCAAAGAGAAACCUAUAGUCGCAUGUUACUUUACCAAUUGGGCGUACUACAGGAAGAACAACGGCAGCUUUGGGCCGGAUCAAGUAGACCCGGCACUUUGCUCCCACCUCGUGUACUCGUGGGCGCAUCUCGACAGCUCCAACACCGUGGUUCCUGGAAACCCUGAGCUCGAUGUGGUUAAUGAUUUCUACGGCAAGAUAACCGAAUUCAAGUUAAAGGGUGUGAAAGUAAUUUUGGGUGUCGGAGGUAUUGACAACUCGGAGGGUGACGCUUGGAGCAAAAUGGCCGCAAGUACCGAAAACAGGAAGAUAUUUGUGAAAUCUGCUUUGAAAUUUGUGCAGAAAUGGAACUUCGACGGUCUUCAGCUUGCAUGGCAAUAUCCCGUUUGCAAGAAAGCUCCUUGUACAGAUGUAAAUGAGAAUGACAAGGAAAACUUCUCCCUGCUCAUAACUCUGCUCUCUAAGACACUUCGCCGUCACAAUCUAGAAGUUUCUGCGCUCGUCGCGCCGCACCCAGAAGUGGCGGCUCUGGCCUACGACCCGCUCGUCCUCUCUUCCGCUUUGGAUUGGAUCUCGAUCGCUGCCAAUGAUUAUUAUAGCACUAAUACUAAGAGAACGGCAUAUCUGCUGCCCUUAGAGAAUACCGAUUUCAAUGAUAUGAGUUUGCAAUCAACAGUGGAGUGGUGGUCGAGCGCAGUGGGCGCGUGGCGCGUGGUGGCGGGCGUGCCGGCGUACGGCCGCUCGUACGCGCUGCGCGGGGACAGCGCCGCGCUCGGCGCCGCCGCCCUCGCGCCCGGCGACCCGCAGCCCGCCACCGACGUGCCCGGCUUCCUCGCCUACUAUGAGGUGUGCGAGGCGCUCGCGCGCGGCUGGCGCGAGGUGAGCGCCGCGGCGGGCACGUACGCGAGCGACGGCUCGCAGUGGGCGACGUACGUGACGCCGCGCGAGGCGCAGCGCGCGGGCGCGGUGCUGGCGCGGGCGGGCGCGCGCGGCGCCGCGCUGUGGGCGCUCGACCUGGACGAUUGGCGCGCCACCUGCGCCUGCGCGCCGCGCCCGCUGCUCACGGCGCUGAGACGCGGCAUCAUGGAACCCGACCUGCCUGAUACUCUCUGUGCGUAGACUGUAUAGCUUAUAACACCGAAUGAUGAGGGCUCCACGCUGCCUCUAAGGACGCGUCUUACUUAAUACUAUCGACAAUUACCGACCAUCGCCGCAUAGACCGUGCAUCUGAUCGACUGACUAGGAUUCUGCGCUACCAGCAGAUGUGGGGCGUCAUACUUACUACUGUGAUG